UUUGUCGCGUCGACCCGUGUUACGUAUACGAGGUCCACGUUAUGUUAAAGGUUUCACAUCGUUAACGAGCUCCCACUUGACUACUGUGACACAUUUGGUUGAUGUGACAGAAUCUUAAGUUGUGGAAUCUUAAGCAAUAGUACAUAUUAUAAUCGUAUAAUUUCGCAUUUAUGUGAUUUGCAUAUUAUCUACUAAUUCUCGGUUAGUCAGAGUGCUCGAAAAUCCAUGAUGGCGCACGCUGAAAGAUCGCGCUAGUGCAUACCGAUAUAAGUGCUGCGCAUACCUGCUUUUUGUUUCUGUACUACGGAAAGCAUAGAAUUACGGUCAAAUUCGAUUCAUCUCGGCUCCCGAUUUCAGUAUUGAAUUUUGGAAAUAUAUUUGACACGCGAUUAUUGUAACUGUCGCGUUGUUCCUGUUCAAUCGUUUUUGAUGGUGACCGUCAUCAUGCAAGCUCAGCAGCAGCCACAGCAGCAACAGCAGCAGAAUCAUCAACAAAUUGCAGGCACCAGUGUCAUUCUCAAGAUGAACGAGAUACAACAGCUUUCAACAGUUGGGCUAUUAGAACUUGCACAUAGAGAAUACCAGGCAGGGGAUUAUGAAAAUGCAGAGCGGCAUUGCAUGCAACUUUGGAGGCAGGAAACAAAUAAUACAGGAGUCCUACUGCUGUUAUCUUCAAUUCAUUUCCAAUGUAGAAGACUUGAAAAAUCUGCUCAUUAUAGCAGCUUAGCAAUAAAACAGAAUCCCUUAUUGGCAGAGGCAUAUAGCAAUUUGGGAAAUGUUUUUAAGGAACGUGGUCAACUACAAGAAGCAUUGGAGAACUAUAGACAUGCUGUUAGGUUGAAACCUGAUUUCAUUGAUGGUUACAUCAAUCUAGCAGCUGCAUUAGUAGCUGCAGGAGAUAUGGAACAGGCAGUUCAGGCAUACGUGACUGCUUUACAAUACAACCCUGAUCUUUACUGUGUGAGAAGCGAUCUUGGUAAUCUUUUGAAAGCUUUAGCAAGACUUGACGAAGCCAAGGCUUGUUAUCUGAAGGCGAUCGAAACGCGUCCAGACUUUGCUGUCGCGUGGAGUAAUCUUGGCUGCGUGUUCAACGCGCAAGGAGAAAUAUGGCUGGCGAUCCAUCAUUUUGAAAAGGCCGUCGCCUUGGACCCGAACUUUUUGGACGCGUACAUUAAUCUUGGCAACGUGCUCAAGGAGGCCAGAAUCUUCGAUAGAGCUGUAGCUGCUUAUUUACGGGCACUGAAUCUCAGUCCUAACAAUGCAGUUGUACAUGGAAAUUUGGCGUGUGUCUACUAUGAACAGGGGCUUAUCGAUUUGGCGAUUGAUACAUACCGUCGCGCCAUUGAACUACAACCGAAUUUCCCAGAUGCCUAUUGUAAUCUGGCAAAUGCGCUCAAGGAAAAGGGCCAAGUGGUCGAAGCUGAAGAUUGCUAUAAUACGGCUCUUCGUCUCUGUCCAUCGCAUGCCGAUUCCCUUAAUAAUCUGGCCAACAUAAAACGCGAACAAGGAUAUAUCGAAGAAGCAACUCGACUUUAUUUGAAAGCGCUUGAAGUAUUCCCUGAGUUUGCUGCUGCUCACAGCAAUCUUGCUUCUGUAUUGCAACAACAAGGAAAGCUAAACGAAGCGCUGAUGCAUUACAAAGAGGCAAUUCGUAUUCAACCGACUUUCGCGGAUGCUUACUCGAAUAUGGGCAAUACUCUGAAAGAAAUGCAAGAUAUACAAGGAGCUCUUCAGUGUUACACAAGAGCUAUUCAGAUCAAUCCUGCUUUCGCCGAUGCUCAUUCCAAUUUAGCUUCGAUUCACAAAGAUUCUGGAAAUAUCCCCGAGGCGAUUCAGUCGUACAGAACCGCGUUGAAGUUGAAGCCUGACUUCCCGGAUGCGUAUUGCAAUUUGGCACAUUGCCUUCAGAUCGUUUGCGAUUGGACCGAUUACGAAGCUCGAAUGAAAAAAUUGGUCUCAAUUGUCGCCGAACAACUGGACAAGAAUAGAUUACCUAGCGUACAUCCACAUCAUUCCAUGCUUUAUCCGUUGUCUCACGAGUUCAGGAAAGCUAUCGCCGCUAGACACGCGAAUCUCUGCAUCGAGAAGAUUCACGUGUUGCACAAACAACCGUACAAAUAUCCAAGAGAAGUUGGUACUCGUUUGAGGAUUGGAUACGUUUCGUCAGACUUUGGGAAUCAUCCUACUAGUCAUCUGAUGCAGUCGAUUCCUGGACUUCACGACAGGCAGACUGUUGAGAUCUUCUGUUACGCUCUCAGCGCCGAUGAUGGGACCACUUUCAGAGCAAAAAUCGCAAGAGAAGCCGAACAUUUUAUCGAUCUAUCGCAAAUCCCAUGCAACGGCAAAGCAGCUGAUCGCAUUAAUGCCGAUGGAGUACAUAUUCUAGUAAAUAUGAACGGUUACACGAAGGGUGCUAGAAACGAAAUAUUUGCAUUGCGACCAGCGCCGAUUCAGGUAAUGUGGCUUGGUUAUCCUGGAACAUCUGGAGCUAGUUUUAUGGACUACUUGAUUACGGAUGAAGUUACAUCACCGGUAGAACUCGCUAGUCAGUACAGCGAAAAGCUUGCUUACAUGCCUCACACUUACUUCAUAGGAGAUCACAGGCAAAUGUUCCCACAUCUUAAGGAACGUCUUAUUCUAACGGAUAAAUUAAACACAAAAGGCAAAGUGGCGGAUAAUGUAGCUGUUAUAAAUGCUACCGAUCUUUCACCAAUGAUCGAGAACACUUGCGUGAAGGAAAUUCGCGAAGUAGUUGUACCCGAUGCCAAAAACAAGCCUGUUGAGAUCUCAUUGAAAGUAGCUGAAUUAUCAACCACCACUGCUAUCGAAACCAUGAUCGCAUCUGGACAAUGCCAAAUGUCUGUGAACGGCGUUGUAGUUCAAAAUGGCAUGGCCACAACCCAAGUGAACAACAAAACAGCCACGGGUGAAGAAGUGCCUCAAAAUAUUGUGAUCACGACAAGGCAACAAUACGGUUUGCCAGAGGAUGCAGUUGUCUACUGCAACUUCAAUCAGUUGUAUAAGAUUGAUCCGCUCACGCUUCAUAUGUGGGCACAUAUUCUAAAACACGUGCCAAACUCUGUGCUGUGGUUGUUGCGCUUCCCAGCUGUUGGCGAGCCAAAUUUACAAGCAACUGCUCAACAGUUAGGUUUAACUCCUGGUAGAAUCUUGUUCAGUAACGUUGCUGCCAAAGAGGAACAUGUCAGGCGAGGACAGUUAGCCGAUGUGUGCCUAGAUACACCGCUUUGCAAUGGACAUACCACUAGUAUGGAUGUUUUGUGGACCGGAACUCCGGUAGUCACACUUCCAGGUGAAACGUUAGCAUCCCGCGUUGCUGCUAGUCAGCUGAAUACCCUGGGAUGCCCUGAACUGAUUGCACGAACACGGCAAGAAUACCAGGAUAUUGCUAUUCGUUUAGGAACGGAUAGAGAAUAUUUGAAAGCCACACGAGCCAAAGUAUGGAAAGCACGAUCUGAAAGUCCAUUAUUCAAUUGUAAACUGUACGCAUUGGGCAUGGAGAUGCUGUACAAGAAAAUGUGGGAGCGUUACUCGCGAGGUGAAAAACCUGAUCAUGUAGCAGCUGUAGAAAAAAACGAUAGAGACAAAUUAAUGAUUACAUCUUAAGAAAAUGGUUUAAAAGUUUCUGUUUCUAUUUAACACACGGUUUUCAGUCCGUAACGUCUGUUGUCUGCAAGCAUAGUAUUUCAAACAGAUGGCCGGUAUAAAAUCCAUUUCACGUGGAUACGGUGGUUCUAACAUAAAUUCCAUUACUCCGGUAUUUACUGUUUUGUACGAUAAAUCACCGAGCUUAGAUUACGGUAGGAUACAUUUAACAUCAUACACGCGAAAGCUAAAUAAAAAGCAACGCGAGGUUUGAAACAAAAAUUGUGAAUUGUCACGUCACACGAGUCAUAUAAGAAUUAACUACGUUUUCAUCUCUCUUGCUUUACGUUACCUUAUCUGUCCCCCGAUUAAUUUAUACGCUAAUACACAGAAUGUUCUCGAACUGGUAUGUAAAAGUCGACUGUGGUCUAUAUUUUCCUGUGAAAUUGUACGUCGUAAAGGGGAAGGAGAAUGAGAAUGCAAGUCGUUAAUGUUAUUGUUUUUCCUUUUUGUAUUGGAUACACGAGCCAGCCGUAUAUAUAAUGGCGAAAUUUGUUCCAGUAACUCGGACGGUGUGUGUGUGUAUAUAUAUGACACUGUUCUUGGUCGCGAUUUUCUCCAAUUUCGAAAACUUUCGACGUAUGACUCGUUAACAGUGUCGAGUAGUUGACGCAUUUUCUGGUUGGUCAUUCUUUAUGAAAUUGUACACGCUAUUCGUGAUUUAUUUCGAAUACGAUUGACUCACGAAAAAAGGUUAAAUUGGGGGUGAAAGAAAGAAUAUAAGCGACAAUGUUCGAGAGUAGGCUAUGUUCAUCAAAAUAUUAUUGCUAGAGGCCGCUGACAGCAAGAAUGCGAAAGUUGUAUUAUAUAUGAUCGACUUACUGAUACACGUGUAAAUAUUAACAAAAAAUGAUAAUCGUUAGUUAAUACUUUAGUUUGAUAGCGCGUAAAUUAAGAUUGAAAAAUGUGUGAGGUAGCGAAAAGAAAAAAAAAAAUAACACGUUGACUGUAGCAAACUUUAAUGUACGUCUAUAGAAUAAAAAAAAGAAAGGUUUAAGAAU